UGCGCACACACCGUUUCGGCAGUGGGGGACAAAAAAACUGUUUUAACUAGCACAAAUUAUAUCAAUAAUAAUGAAUCGUGGUCACCAUCGUGCUUACCAGCCAAUAACACCGGCAAAUAACAAACUGUUGAAAAAAAGAUGGGACCAGAGUCGAUUCGAUACCCAUAGGAGAAAGGUACGCAACGCCAAGCCUGUAAUAGACAACAAACCGCCCCAUAUAUACAUGCAUUUACAGUUUAAACUCAAGAAACUACAGAUGGAAGAAGAACGGUUAGCAACCAUCGAGCGAGACAACCGCAUUCUUUUAGAAAAGAUGUCCCAUAUCAUGAGAACCAGAGGUCGGGUGGACAACAGAAAUGCUUAUGAACAAAAAAGUUUGAAUCAGACAAAACGUCAAAGAGAGCUACUAAUCAUUACACACGAGAACCAGGCCAUUUUGAGACGUAUUCUAAUGAAAGAGGCGCACUAUAACCAUGUCAAGUGGGAAGACGAAUGGAGUGUAAAUAAGAAAUACAUGGCGAAUAUUGCAAAAUAUCCUUACUGGUAUGGCGGAAUUCAUGAGAAACCGAUGAAUGAAAAAAUCGAUGACCGAAGAAACUACAGAAACGCGACGAUGAGUAAUAUCAGUUGUGCGCUCUCAUCGUUGAAAAUACAAGUACCAACUUAUAAUGGCAGUCUGCCUAAAACGUUCAGCAGGUACUCCACACUCAGUGUUACGACGCAUUGAUGCAAUUGCUGAAUAAUAAAUAGUUCAGUAGUUGCUCAAAUGCUCUUCAAAUGGGAC